UGCGUCGGGCGUGCGUACAGCUCGCGGAGACCAUGGCGUCCGGGCCUCACCCGACCGUCGCCGCCUCGUCGGCAGCCCCGAGCGCGGGCGGCUCCAGCUCCGGCACGACGACCACGACGACGACCACAACCGGGGGCAUCCUGAUCGGCGACCGCCUGUACUCGGAGGUGUCGCUCACCAUCGACCACUCGCUGAUCCCGGAGGAGCGGCUGUCGCCCACCCCGUCCAUGCAGGACGGGCUCGACCUGCCCAGCGAGACGGACCUGCGGAUCCUAGGCUGCGAGCUCAUCCAGGCCGCGGGGAUCCUCCUCCGGCUGCCGCAGGUGGCGAUGGCGACGGGACAGGUGCUGUUUCACCGCUUCUUCUACUCCAAGUCUUUCGUCAAACACAGUUUCGAGAUUGUUGCCAUGGCUUGUAUUAAUCUUGCAUCAAAAAUUGAAGAAGCACCCAGAAGAAUAAGAGAUGUGAUUAAUGUAUUUCACCACCUACGCCAGUUAAGAGGAAAAAGGACUCCAAGCCCCUUGAUCCUUGAUCAGAACUACAUUAACACCAAAAAUCAAGUUAUCAAGGCAGAGAGAAGGGUGCUAAAGGAGUUGGGAUUUUGUGUUCAUGUCAAGCAUCCCCAUAAGAUCAUUGUUAUGUAUUUACAAGUCUUAGAAUGUGAACGUAAUCAAACCCUGGUUCAAACUGCCUGGAAUUACAUGAAUGACAGUCUUCGAACCAAUGUAUUUGUUCGAUUUCAACCAGAGACUAUAGCAUGUGCUUGCAUUUACCUUGCAGCUCGAGCGCUUCAGAUUCCAUUGCCCACUCGUCCCCAUUGGUUUCUUCUUUUUGGCACAACAGAGGAGGAAAUCCAAGAAAUCUGUAUAGAGACACUUAGGCUUUAUACCAGGAAAAAGCCAAACUAUGAAUUGUUGGAAAAAGAAGUAGAGAAAAGAAAAGUAGCCUUGCAAGAAGCCAAAUUGAAAGCAAAAGGAUUGAAUCCUGAUGGAACUCCAGCCCUUUCGACCCUUGGUGGAUUUUCUCCAGCCUCUAAACCAUCAUCACCAAGAGAGAUAAAAGCUGAAGAAAAAUCACCAAUUUCUGUUAAUGUGAAGACAGUCAAAAAAGAGCCUGAGGAUAGACAACAGUCUUCCAAAAGCCCUUACAAUGGUGUAAGAAAAGAUAGCAAGAGAAGUAGAAAUAGCAGAAGUGCAAGUCGAUCAAGGUCAAGAACCAGGUCACGUUCUAGAUCACAUACUCCAAGAAGACAACUUGGCUCCAAGUGAUUUGUUGCUGUUCAAAAAAUCAAAUACACCCACAAAGAGAUGAAGAUAUACUACCACUAAGGAUGUUUAAAAGAAAUCUAAGUUACAGCUUUUGAAGAGGAUUCUAAAGAUUGCACCCGUGGCAGGCAGUGGGUCUUGGAGAGUAGCACCUGAGACAAGGGAACUGCAUUGAAGGAGACGAGAUUCACUUGGAUAUAAAAUGCCUGGUAUGCGACUCUAAAUCAGUUACAGUUCUAACUAUAAAAACUAAUUGAAAACUAACACAGCCUGGUGUGAAUGUGCAACUUUCAUGGGGUAAGUAACUGAGUAUGUUCCUUCUGCUAAUACAUGCACUUGAGCUUUUAACCAUAUGAAGAACUCAAAUUGCCUUUAAAGAGCAGGUAUUAGUUUGUCAGCAUAGACCCUGUUUAACAAAUUAAGUUCUUAAUAGUAUUGAAGUCACUACCUGCCUUUCCUUGUUUGGGAGCAACACCAUGCAUGGAUGUAAUGGGGUUUGAAGAUGGGCCGGAUGAAGGACACUAGGAGUGAGGUUUGCAUGUGAGAGGUGACUUAGGCAAGAGUGUCUUUUUCUUUGUGUUCUAAUUUUUGUCUUACUUUUACUGAAUCAACUAAGCUAUCUAGGUUCUUGUCAAGAUGUUAACCCUACACUCCCCUACUUGAAUCCAAAAACAUUUCCAAACAUGCAAAAUUUGACAUAGUACCCAUCUCAGCUCCAAAAACCACCAGUUUGUGGUGGUGACUUUGUUUAAUUUGUACCUUACCAAUUAAUUCCAUUCCUAUUAGUAUUUGUAAAAUGAUUUCAUCCCCGAAUAUUUAGAUACACUGGAUAAGAACUUCUUAAACAUCACCUCAAUAAAUUGUGAAUAGUAAUGCUACCUACUCAGUAUUUAGACUUGCCUUCACUGUCUUUAAUUUAGAUUUUUGUCAUUGGUUUGUUCAAGGUCCGUAUGUGUUGCUUUUGUUUUAAUCACAUUCCCCCUUUUAUUUUCUUUGGAUUUUAUUUAAAAAAAUUGUGUCAUUUGUUCUGGAGAGUUUUUCAUUCUUUGCGUAUGCUCAUUGUAAGCCUGUGGGCCACUGUGCACACUUCUUUUCCUGCAUUUUUCUUUUUUCUUUUUUUUUUUUUUAAUAUUUAUGCACACAAGAGCUGGGGUACAGGCCAGAGAUGCAGGGGGUGAGAGGAUUCACCAGAGACGGAGUGGGGAACAGAACAGGCAGACUGAUGGAAAUACACUGCAGAGGGGAGCCGUGGGUGAGACAGGUCUGUUGCCCCGUGUGGGUUGCUUCCUGGCUGGCUGGGAAUUGAACUCCUGCUGCAAAGGCUUUGGAUUGCUUCAUGGUGUGGUGCUUAACCCCAGGGAGGCCCUGGUUUUUCCUGCAUUUUUCGUCAACUAUCUCAAAGCUUGAUCAGAAUCAGGUUUCAUAAUUGUUUCACUGGUUUGAGAUUCGGGAAGUGUGGAACACAGGUGUGGGAACACAGCCAUUGUAGAACUGAUACUGGAUUGCUGCCCCUUUGCUUGACAUUUGAAUCCCAGUUCUCCGUUAGAGCUUAUGUCUUGACAGCCUUGAGUGUGUGUUCCCAGUUUUGUCUCAUCUCUGUCUCCCACUGCAGCCUUGUCUUAAUGUAAAUGAGUUUGUUAGUAUUUCACCUUAGUGAUCCUGGUUCUUAGUGAUGCACUGGCCGGGAGGUGGUUGUGGAUGAGCCCCCAGAUGUGUGACACAGCAUAAUAGGAUGAACCGGGAACUGCAGCCAGUGUAACAAAGAAUUGAAACAGAAACACCUCAUACCUACAGCAGUAAGCCAGCUAAAGGAAGUUUAUUCAAAGACACAGGUCAUCUCUCCAGGGUAAAGCCACAAGGGUUAAAGAAAGAGGCUAACUCCUGCCAGAAACAAGUAAGCUUGGAAAGAUUAAUGCAAGGACAGAUAACAGCACAUCUCCUGUGCAUGCACAUGGGGAGGGGUCCUGAAUGAGUUGCCGCUGGUGAAAACAACUUGGGGUUUUUAUAGUUAGGCUCAUGUUUGGGAUAUAGGGGGUGAGUUAUGCUGAUGGUGCAGUUUCUUGAUUGGUCAACCUUGACCAAUGCCCAUCCUAACAUUAACCGGUGAAGUGUCAUGGGCUUUUUUCUUGUUACUGACUUCUCUUCUUAUGUUUCCCAGGAGGGGUCCCAUGCCUCCCAGGGUCCUAGUCCUUAUCCCUCCUGUUCUGUCUCCCAGGGCCUCAGUCUAUCCUAGCCCCUCGUUAACCCAAGUUCUUUCUAUUGUGAAUGUUACAUAUAACAUUUACACUUGAUACAACUAAAAGCCCAGUGAAAUUUUUAACUUUCCCUUUUAAAACAAAGUGAUCAUAAAAAUGCCUGCCUCUUUAUAGCAUAGCUCUAAGUUUUGAUUCAUAGUUUUAAAUAAUGGCACUCUUAACAUCACUUAUUAGCCCCACUACAGUUUUGUUAGCUUUCCUAACAAUUUCCAAAAACGAGAUAAUGUUUCUUUUAAUGACUUAGUUGAAGUUUAUUUUACAGUUCUGGAGGUCAGAGCUCCAAAAUUAGUCUCAGUGAGCUACAGGUGUCACCUGGAUGGUUCCUUCUGGAGAAGGAAAAUUGUCAUCAUCCCUUUUUCAUCUUCUAUAGGCUGCCUUAGCACCUGGCUAGUGGCGAAAACAAGUUAAUUUUAUGAUAAAUAUUCACUGUUGUAAAAGUCAUUUUUUAACAUGAACUGCAAUAAUUGUGAAGAUUAAGAUGGUUGUUUUCUUAAAAACCACACUUUUAAGAAUCUUAUUAAAAACAGGCAUGGUGAAAACUAGUUUAGCUGAAGAGACAGGAUGUUUGUGGCGUUUGAUAAGGAAAAGCACUUCCCCCAUUGGAAAAAUGGGACGAGCACUAGCGUUCAUUGUGUGGGCCUUCGUCCUUGCCAUGUCCCCUAGGGUAGGAGCUGUUUGUGUGCCUGGGGGCCCAGUUUGACUUUGUAACCAUUUGAACUUUGUCCAUCUGUGAAAUGGAAGGAUCAUGGACUUCUGUGGCAACUAGAAUAUAUGCAUCAGCAUUUUGUAUAAUAUAUGUGUUGGGCAAAUAUAAAGGGAGUAUGUUUUUACCCUUGGGACUUCCAACAAUUGCUAUUAGAAAGUAUGCAGCUGCUAAGAGAAGUUUGACUUGUACAUUUCCUAUGAACACAAUUCAAAACGCAGAAUGCUACUUCACCGAUUAGAUUCUAAUCUAAGAACGGAAGAGCUCUUGCAGGGACUAGUGAAUUAACAUUAGAGCGUUUACAGCGUGGAUUGUAAAGUCAGACCACCGGGGGCUCAGUGUUUAGUGCCUCUACCUAUGAGCUGUCUAACCUACACACUUUACCCCACCCUAAGCUUUCAUUUCCCGUCUGUCAAGUUAGUUGUCAAAGCACUGUGUUCAGAUGUUAAGUAUGAGUUUAAAGGAAAUGAUGUGUAUAACGUACAUUGGUCUGUGGUCAAUGUUCAGUAAAUGUCAUUGUUCAAUAAAUGCAUUAUCCAUCAGAGGUUUGUGGGUUUUUGUUUGGAAGAGAUUAGUUUUAUUUUUCCCCAUCAUUAUAGCUUGAUAAAUUUCAAACCUAAGGAAAAUGAUGAUAGUGCAACCGACACCCUCAUAUAGUCAUUAUGUAAGGUUCAUUAACAGCUAAUAUUUUGCUACAUUUUUUUUUUUAUCUCUGUAUGCAUGUAGAUACAUUUUUCUUUUUGUUUCUUUUCUGGACCAUUUAAGUUACUACCGAAACCCUAAGUGUUUUCACCUGUAUCACCAAAAAUCUAGGGUAUUUGCCUACAUAGUCAAAAUACAACUGACAUCACACCCAGGAAAUCUGACAUUGAUAUAGUUCAUAUUUGAAUUUUCCAGAUUGUCUUCAUAAAAUUCUUUAUGACUGUAGGUUGGUUGUUGAUCCAGAAUCCAGUCAAAGGUUAUACAUUGUAUUUGAGUAUCUCUUAAAUUGCUGUAAGCUAGAAAAUUCCCCAUAAUUUGGUACAUGUUUAAACAUACCACUUAGUGGGUAUGUAUGGAUUUGUCCCAUUCAUAGUGAUGUUAAGUUAGUCCUUUGGGAAGGUGGUGUCCACCAGUUUUCUCCAAUGUAAUGGUCCCUUUAAUUCAUACCCUGUGAGAUUAUACAUGAAAUGAAGUGAGUUUCCUGUACUUUCACAGCUUUUACUUGUGACUUAGCAUUCAUUAAUGGUGUUGGUGUUAUUUCAAUCAACCUUUUCUUUUUAAUUUUUACAAUAGUGAUGAGAAAAAAGUGAUUUUUCUAUUUCAAGCUAGUUUUGGCACUUACUGAUUGGCAUUCUUCUAUAUAGGAGAACUUUCCAAAUCUUUUGCAUUUUUUGUGCAAAGUAUGGGCUGAAAGGUUGGGUGUUUUUUUUUUGUUUUUUUUUUUAAAUUCAGUG